AUUUAAAUUUUUUUAUUUUAUUUUAUUUUACAAUUUUUUUAAAAUAUUAUUACUCAAAUUACUUUGAUUCAAAAAUGAAUCCUUUAAUUCAUCUAAUUCGCAACUCCUCGUCUAUAGUUAAGAUUUUUUUGUCAUAUCAACUCGUACAUUUUUAGUUUUUAAAACGUGAUGUACAAAUAAUUAAACAAUAUGGCGGCGAUUAAGAGUGCUAAUAUCAAACUUCCUGCCAUUGAAAAUUCCGUCGUUAAUGUUCGAAAUGGUGAAUUCAUCACUAAAGGACAUUUCGAAUCAAGUGAGACGAAUGGAUGCUACUCCGACAAAAAAGAUAUAAACGGUAAUGAGGGUACAUAUGAAAUAAAUAAAAUGGAUUGCAAACCUAUAACCACAAAUAUAAAUGAAAAAAAAAUUAACUAUGAAAAACACAUCAAAAUGAAAGCAAACGAUGAUAAUUAUCCUCAAAAAAAUUUAAAAUCGGAAUCGUUUGGUUUUCAAGAUUCUGUUGUUAAAAGCGCUGCGACUAAAAAGACAAGAUAUACCUCACACCCAGAAAUAUUCCUUAAAGAUAUUCCUAAAUUGGCUAAGGCAUUAAAUGAAAUAGACGAGUUAUUGAAGUUAUUUCGCAUUCCAGAUCCACCCAUAUCCGUCAUUUUAGCUCAUUCCGAUGCCACGCUACAAAAUGUAAAUAUACCGGUUCAACACUCCAUAUCAACACAUUUAAUUAAUUCCACAUCCAACAUAACUUCAAAGUAUUACAUUCUCCCCAAUCCUCCCAGUAUUAUUAGUCAACCGAACGAAUGUUAUGAAACGGAGGAAGGAAACGUCGUCAAAUUAACGUUUACCCUGGACUCCUACAACAAUGACGAUAUAUACUUACAAAAAUUUGAAACCGAUACAAAAUGCUUCACAAUAACAGACGAUUUCUUGAGACUUAAAUUCACAUUUUCACCAAAUAUCACACCAAAUCCUUCAACGAACGAUUUGAUAUCAAAUUCAGAAUUCAAAACAUCAAGCACCUUAUCGCAUAAAAAGAAAAGUUUAUCGAAUCAAACAAAUGAAAUUUUAAACACGAAUUCGACUGCUUCGAAUUCUAUUUUAGUCACGUGUUUGCUGUUUGAUUCUGAUAUAAAUGAUUCCGGUAGCUAUAGAUUCGAAAUCAGGAACGGAAUUGGUGCUAGCGUUGCUUGUUUAUCUUCGGUUUUUAGAAUUUCUGUUAAAGGUCAACCAUCAUCUAUUGACAAAGCUCCUCAAUUUAUAAAUAACACGCAAUCGCAAGACCCUGACAAAGUAUUUGAAAUUACUAAUAGUGCGCGAUUAUCCAUGCGCGAAUUUUAUCCGAUACCCGAACUUUUUUGGUUCAAGAAUGGCUUUCGAGUCGAUCAUCAUGUGUUUAACGAUAAUCCCAGAUUUCUCAAAUUCAUUUUAGACAUUUUUCCUCAGCAUUUUAACACGCUACUUCAACCAAACGAUAAAAUUUUGAAUACAAUAAAUAUGACUGCAGAUCUACAGAUUUUUCCACCCAAGAACACUUUUUUUGUAACCGAUUAUCUAAGCACAUUUGUUGGUGAAUAUAUUUGUAUGGCCAAGAAUCGUUUGGGGUGCCACGUGACUUUCUUUAAAUUAGCGCUUGAUCCUCGAGGCAAGAAAUCUAAUUUAUCCGAAAGUGUUAGCCUAAUCUUUUGUCCAAAACUUGACAAUAACAAUGAUAUUGAUACGAAAACAGCCGAAAGUGCACUAGCCCCAAAAUUAAUCGAUAAUCGUGGCAAUAUUGCAUUUGACACAGACAUAGAUCUGAAUUUAAAUUCUUCGGUGAAAAUGAUUCGAGAAAGCAUAACGACAAGGCUUUUUGUAAUAGCAGAUGAAAAUGUCGAAAGCUUAGAAGAAGCCUUUAACAAUACUUCUCCCCCAAAUACCGAAGCAGAUGAACAUACCAAAAUACUUACGGAUGAAUGUGAUGAUAUUUCACUCUUACCCUCUUUGCCUUCCGAGUAUUUUGAUCACCAGGGUUUCUCUCAAAAGGCUGGGAAAAUUUUGCGUACACCUAAGGCAGACGAUAAAUUAGGUGAAAAUGAAGACAAAAACUUACCCAUCCUAAGAGUCAAGCAGGGAAAUACAGAAGAUUUGUUAGAUGAUCUCGAUAAAAAAGUUCAUAACAAACUCACUCCCGACUUGUCAGGUGAUUCAGAAGGAAUGAGCCAUGUCCGCAGUACCCGUUUCCCGGUUAUCCGAAAUUAUUUUUAUUUUACAUCCACGGGUGUCGAUAAGAUAGAAAAUGAUCUAUUAAAGGAUGAACCGCUUUGCGAGAAUUACGUUAAAGAUGCUAAGACUAUUAUGUCGACCAAGAUUCAAGGGGAUAAAAAUAUAACCGAAGUACCUAAAAAAGCUUUUUUACCUACUGCACUACCAUUACAGACGAUUUUAGCCGCAAUAACUUCCGUUACUCACGAAACAGAUGAUAUCUCCGAACAAAUUACAGAAGCAGACGAAUCGAAUUCAGAAAUUGAGGAACUGAUAAAAAUUAAGAAGAAGGACACCCUGAACGUCAUAUUCAGUAGCGGGGAAUUGAAGAAAGGCGGGAAAAUUUUUAACACGAACAGCCGUUCCAGAAUGAGAAGAAAUUCUUACUCGCCCGGCCUUAAUAUUACUUGCAAUAAUAUUUCUACAUUCUAUCAAUCAGGUAAUGAAAAUUAUCAUCUUCAAGAAAAUCGAGUUUCUAAUGAUAGCAACGCUAAAUUCUGCAAAGCUCGAGCUUUAUUCGAAAAACCUGAAUCACAUUCCGCUUCUCCUUCUAUUAAUUAUCGUUCUACUUCCCAGUACUCUCCUUUCCCACAAUCGUAUGCUAGAGGGAAUGAUGAUUACGAAAACGACGAUAACGAAUGCAAACGUGCGGAUUCGUUUUCGUCUACGUCUAUAUCGAUAAACCAACUAGACGAUUCUUCCCAGUCAUCUCGCCAACAAGGAUUAGAAACGCCCGAUUCUGAUUCUACUUUAUUCCAUCCUUCACCUGAUAGUGAAUACAAAUAUAGUAUUAGUGAUAAUCGUCCGACGUCUUCAGAAGCUACUCGACAAAAUGUUACUGAAUACAAACGAUUAAACAAUAUACCCAAAAGCAGACUAUUAAACGAGAUACCGGAUACGCAUCACGUGACAAGAGGUUAUACUCACUUUCGGUCCGACCAUGAUCGGGUGAAAUGGAGGCAACCUGCCAAAACACCUCCAACUCCUACAAAUAAUCGGCAUCUUUAUCUCGGGAUGACUUCUCAUAAUUCAAACCCUAUCAAUGAAGAGUGUAAGAUGACUCAAAUUAGAAUAGCGGACACCAGCUUCGAUAACAAAACUUUAUAUCUAUCACCUAAGUACUCCACCAUCUAUCCUAAAACCAAACUAUAUAGAAAUUCUUCGGCCAUCUCUUACUGUAAAUCAGACGAUAUUGCCGUCAAAAGGGUUACAAACUAUUUUAAAACGUCAUCUGAAAAUAAAUCCAGCAUGACCAUAAAUCCCAUUUCUGAUAUUUCGAAAUCGGAAAUUACCACCAAUGAUAUCAUCAAUAAAACCAAGAUCCAAAAAUGCAAAAUUGUGCUCUACAAAUAAAGACACCAUACGACGAUUAACAAUGUCAUAAUCAUUCUCUUAACUGUGUUAAUUAUUGAUAUGUGUAAAUUAUGAUUAUAUUUUUGAAAUUUAUACAAUUCUAUUUAAAAGAAGACACGAUCACGGAAAUUUUAUUUAAGUUAUUUUAAAGAAAUGUUAUCUUUAAUUUAAUACUCGUAUGUUGAUCUUCCCCGAUUCAUUUUUUCUUGAUUCAAUAAUUUACU